AUGAAGUCACUUAUUGAAAGAACUAAAGAAAUUUCCAAUGUGCACCCAAUGUAUCGUGACCUCUCUCCUCGAAGGAAAUUUGGCCCAACCAUAUACAACAAGAACCCCUCACAAGAUCGCCUUAUUAAGGAGCUUCAUGGACGGUUUGGAAUAGAUAAACAGGAGACAUGCAAGACUCCAGAAGAUGAUUGGCUGACAGAGGGGGUGAUUAUAACAUCUAGACCUUCUAAAAACAUGCUGCCUUCAGAGCAGCAAAUUGAGAAGAUAAUUAUACCUCCAGAUUCUCCUCAGCUUAUGAGAAAAACCCUUUCUGUCAAUUCAUCUCCUCCUGGCACUGUACACAGAACCAGACUUGUGUCAAAAUCUACAUCCCCAGCACAACCCUCUGCUUGUGUACCUCCUCCACCUCCAUUACCCCCUCUCCAGUCCCCUGCUUUCAUUCCACAUUCCCCUCAACAAUUUCCUUCCUGGAAAGCAGCUGGUAAUGAUUAUCAAGAUCUGUCAAGGCCUCUUCCUCCUCCUCAUCACAAAGAACUUUCCACAACUAGGUUUUUGCCUCCAUCUCCUUUGAAAACCUUACCUCCGAACAAGUCCUUCGUCUCUGUUGGCUGUCAGACAGAUGAUACUCCCCUUUUUCCACCGAUCCAGGCAGGGAGUUUACUAAAUUUUACUAUUAAAAAAAAUCCAAGAGCAUACUUGAAUUUGGUUCUACCAGGCACUUUUGCUUUUGUGUGA